AAAGUCUGUAACGACAUUUCUAUAAAACCCCCGGCGUUGCCCUAAUAACUCAAAUCCCAUUCUUAUCCUCCUUAUAAUCAAACCUCAGCGCCUCCUUUCCUCGUCUAAAACCCUAAUAUGUGAUAAGAUUAUUUUUGUUAUUUAAGAAUGUCAGAUGAUGAAGUAGGAAAGGAUGAGAAAGAGUUGGAUCUUUCUUCUCCUGAAGUUGUUACUAAAUACAAAUCUGCUGCUGAGAUUAUCAACAAGGCAUUGCAGUUGGUGUUAACAGAAUGUAAACCUAAAGUUAAGAUUGUUGAUUUAUGUGAGAAAGGAGAUGCAUUUAUCAAAGAGCAAACUGGGAAAUUGUAUAAGAAUACAAAGAAGAAGAUUGAAAGAGGAGUUGCAUUUCCUACAUGUAUCUCAGUUAAUAAUACUGUAUGUCAUUUCUCACCACUCGCUAGUGAUGGAACUCUCCUGGAAGAAGGUGACAUCUUAAAGAUUGAUAUGGGUUGCCAUAUUGAUGGGUUUAUUGCUGUUGUUGCACAUACUCAUGUUCUUCAAGAAGGACCAGUUACUGGUAGAGCAGCUGAUGUUAUUGCUGCCGCCAAUACUGCAGCUGAAGUAGCAUUGAGGCUUGUUAGACCUGGCAAGAAGAAUAAAGAAGUAACUGAAGCUGUUCAGAAGGUUGCUGCUGCCUAUGACUGCAAAAUUGUUGAAGGUGUGCUCAGCCAUCAGCUCAAGCAGUUUGUGAUAGAUGGAAGCAAGGUUGUACUCAGUGUUCCAGGUCCCGAAACCAGAGUCGAUGAUGCAGAAUUUCAGGAGAAUGAAGUUUAUGCAAUUGAUAUAGUUGCCAGCACAGGAGAAGGCAAGCCUAGGCUGUUAGAUGAAAGGCAAACUACUGUAUACAAAAGAGCGGUGGGAGAGAGUUAUCAGUUGAAGAUGAAAGCAUCUAGGUUCAUCUUCAGUGAAAUUAAUCAGAACUUCCCCAUCAUGCCAUUUUCAGCUAGGGCUUUGGAAGAGAAGCGUGCCAGGUUGGGAUUAGUUGAAUGUGUGAAUCAUGAACUUUUGCAGCCAUACCCUGUACUUCAUGAGAAGCCUGGGGAUCUUGUUGCACAUAUCAAGUUUACAGUUCUGUUAAUGCCCAACGGUUCCGAUAGAAUCACGUCUCACGCUCUUCAAGAAGUGCAGCCAACAAAGACGUUAGAUGAAGAACCUGAAAUCAAGGCUUGGUUAGCUUUGGCCACAAAGUCGAAAAAGAAAGGAGGUGGAAAGAAGAAGAAAGGUAAGAAGGGUGAUAAGGCUGAGGAGUCUACUGAAGCUGAACCUAUGGAUGCAACCACUGCUUCCCAAGAAUGAUAGUUUUUUCAAACUUUCUAGGUUCCCCAUGUUUAAAUGACCAGGGUUUUUUGCGUUUGGUACUGUGUUUGGAUGUGAUGAAUGUUGAGCUUGUCCAUUCUAAUAUUUGAGUACUAGAUCUCAACUGUUGAUUUUGUUGUCUAACAGUCUGUUUAAGUUGCAUUAGUCCCCAUACUUGAACAUUAAAAGACGUAACCAGCACCCUUGACACCUUGAUUUUCUUACUUGUUUUACCUCUAUAUGGAACUCAAUCUGGAACCAAUAACUAUGGUGCGCUCAAAUGCCUAAAUGUGAAAAAUGACUUUGU